AUGGCUGCUCCUACAGAGCAUAACCCAGAUGAGACUACGCUAAAUAGAAAAGAGGCGACUCCUGCUUGUGCAAAGUGUGGAUUAUUAAUAAUCGGACACUUUGUUAGGGCAUUAGGAGGGACUUAUCAUCUAGAGUGUUUUAAAUGUCAGGAUUGCGGUGAAAUAGUAGCAUCUAAAUUUUUUCCUAUGGACAGUCACGAUGGCAAACAAUUGCCGUUAUGCGAAAGAGACUAUUUCCGUCGACUAAACCUUAUCUGCGCUCAAUGUGGAGAGGCAUUACGGAGUUCUUACAUAACUGCGCUUGAUAGGAAAUAUCACAUCGAACAUUUUACUUGCUCCGUGUGUCCAACUGUGUUUGGUCCACAGGAUAGUUAUUAUGAACACGAAGGGAAGGUUUAUUGUCAUUACCAUUAUUCAACACAAUUUGCGGUCAAGUGUACUGGGUGUCAGACGGCUAUUUUGAAGCAGUUUGUGGAGAUUAAUAGAAAUUUAGUUGAUGAACAUUGGCAUCCCGAAUGUUAUAUGAUACACAAGUUUUGGAAUGUAAAGCUUGCAUCACCCCCUGUAUCUAAACCUUACGAGCUAUCAAAAGAUCAAGCAGACACAGCAUACGCAGAAAAGCUUAAACAAGAACAAAAAUCCACGGAAGAGAAAGUAUAUCAUAUCUGGACAGUAUUGUCAGCAUUUGAAGAAUCUUCAGCUGCCUGUAUUUCAGAUAUGUUACUACGUGUUUCAAAUGGCUCGUAUAUAGAAGGAGUAAAAAUAGCCGAAAAAUUUAUAAUGCAUGUGGAAAUACUGUUUAAAGCAAUUGAUAAAUUGGAAGUAGAAUUAUUCAAAGCAAUGGGACAAGGGCUUCAGCAUAACCGAGAGGCCAAAAUGUUGUGCAAGAAAAUCGUAAACUUUUUUUCAUUGCUCUCACAUACCCAAGAGACUGGAGUACGGCGAUUAGGCAUAACGCAGGAAUUACUAUCACUAGUAACCGGUCUAGCACAUUAUUUGAAGUUAUUAAUACGCAUUGCAUUAACCGGUGCAUUGAAACUGGAACGUGACUUUAUGUCAACGACUUCAAUUUCAUUCUUCCUAGCAACCCUCGCGGAAAUUUCAACAAAGGCACACACCAUUCCUAUAAUCGAUACGUCCCCGACCUCAGACCUAUGCAACGCAUGUCGGGUUACUGUCGAGGAGGAAUGCUACAAAUAUGAACAAUUCAGAUACCAUAUUGCUUGCUUUAGAUGUGGUCGGUGUAAAGCCGACUUGGCUCGAGCUGAGAAUAAGCUUUCAAUUAAGAAUCAAUAUGGAGAUAAGAAGGGAGAUGAUGGGAGGGAAUUGAACGAUGCAUACUUUGAUUUGAUGGCGGAAAUGGCGUUAUGUCCUAGUUGCAAAACUGAAAGAGCUGCGAGAGGGUUCAAGAAAGUCACAAAGCUGGAACAGUAUACAUAUUUAUUAAGAGUGGCACUUUCGAGAUUAUAUACUUCGUUAAAUAGACGAGAUGAGCACUCCCUUUCAGACUAUGAUGGAGAACCACGCGGUCGCAGAUCCGAAAAAGAAUCUGUAUCGUCACUCGGUCGAAAAGACUCUCGCUCCAAAUCCUACUCGAGCGGCGACAGACACGACCAAUCUAUCAAUCUGAGAAGAUUAAAGUCCGUCCAGCUUGAUCGCAAACUAUCCACUUCUGCACGUCGUGCUAAACGAUCGACGAUAAUCGAACAGGAAUCUAAUUCGUCAGACUCCACGCUUGUCAAUGCACGGAGUAAAAAUCUCGCAAGAGCACCGUCACAAAGGCGAGUGCAGAUCAUCGAAGAUAUGGAUGAAUUUCAGGCGAAAGAUUCACUGGUACAGUUUGAUAACAGAAACGAAGCUAUAACAUUAGAUGACAUAUCCGCAAUAGCUAUCGCUGUUGAUGAAGAGAAAAAGAACAAGAGGCUUAUGCCAAGAACAAAGUGCUAUUUGUCAGAAUUAUCGGCUUUGGAGUAUGUUAUCGUCAAACAUGUUGCAGUUGUGGUUAUGGAACAGUAUUUGAAAGACUACUUUACCUUGGAAGAACUAUUGGAUUUGAUUGGCGUAAGGAGGACCAAUUUCUGGACCAAAUUUGUAACAACAAUCAAGAGUUCGGAAAAGAAGAAUAUAAAAAAGAAAGGCACUUUUGGCGUACCACUAGACAUGCUAGUUGAGCGUAAUGGCGUCGAUUCGGUUCUGGGCGCUGGACCCGGAUGCAUUAGAAUACCCAGCUUUGUUGAUGAUGGUAUAUCAGCAAUGAGAAGAAUGGACAUGUCUGUCGAAGGCAUAUUUCGUAAAAACGGAAAUAUUCGACGACUCAAAGAUCUCAGUGAUGCAAUUGACAAGAAUCCGUCUUCAGUCAAUCUGGCCGAGGACAAUCCGGUUCAAGUUGCUGCAUUAUUGAAGAAAUUUUUAAGAGAUUUACCGGAUCCAUUGUUGACGUUCAAGUUGCAAAGGUUGUUUAUUACUUCACAAAGACUAGCAGAUAGCCAAGCUAGGAAAAAAAUUCUACACCUAACAUGCUGCCUCCUCCCAAAAGUAAACCGUGACACAAUGGAAGUACUCUUUAGCUUUUUCAAAUGGGUUGCAUCUUUCUCACAUGUUGAUGAAGAAACAGGAUCAAAGAUGGAUUUACAUAACUUGGCUACGGUGAUAACGCCGAACGUUUUGUAUUCAAAAUCAAAAGAUCCAUCAAAGGAUGAUUCGUUUUUGGCUAUUGAGGCAGUGCAUUCAUUGUUAAAGUACCAAGACGACUUUUGCUUGGUUCCCGAAGAUUUGGCAGCUAUUUUAAAUGAUCAGGAGUUAUUCAACAAUCCGGAAGGUCUUACGACCAAAGACAUUUUAAAAAAAUGCGAAAAUUUCGUUCGUAUGAAUUCGCAACCGGCAGAUAGUGUACCGCGAAUGACAUCGCAACAAUAUCGAUCACAGAUGCAUAACCCGUCACCAAGAAUUGCCCAGCACCAUACCGCACAGAAUGAAGAAGACUUGGAAGACUAUGCUGUUAUUACACAUCCUUCAGAGAUGCAAGCUACGGAAUUCGAAACAAGAGAUUCAUCUAAUGGUUCGAUUUAUUCCUUAGUCAACGAGAGCUCCAUUCCGGUAGAGCAAAGGGCUUCGUGA